CCACACAGUAGGUUUAGAUAAUACACACAGGCAUGCACACAUACAAAGAAGGAAGCAGCGAGUCGGCACACGCGCCAUCCGCUUUCGGAUCCACAACGUGCCCACGCGCCAGUUCUCUCUCAUCCCUCCCUGCCGAUGACCUCUCGGCCCAACUCAGCCAGCCAAAUGACCGAUCAAAAACCAUUAUCCCCGCUGCCCGACAGGACCACCACAAGACACGACAGCACCAGCAUUAAACCGCCAACGCUCCCAAAACCUGCUCUCCGCCACCCACUGCUGGUGGUGGUGGCGGUGGUGGUCUCAUUCUCUCCCGGCAAAGGAAUCCCCUCCCAGCCCUCAGGCAAGUGUGUCGGUGGCCGCUUGUCCGUGUCGGUGCGGUUGCUGUCGUUGUCGGCAUCAGCCGGCUCUCCGUCCCAGUGCAUGUCGUCGUGAGGAGCGGUGUAGUUGAAGGCCGAUGGGUUGGGCUGGAACUGCAGGGGCGACGAGGGCGGCCGGGCGAACUCCUCGGCUAACGCGAAGAAGGCCGGCUUGGGGCGGAACUCCUCAUCGAACAACAAAGCGUGCUGCUCCGGACCUCGCCAUGAAAACCGGUCCGAUGCACCUACAACCAGACACACACAGUGAGUGAAGGUCACACACACUUUCUUGUUCCCUGUGUGUGGGUAUGGUAUGGGAAUAUAUUGGGUGGUUUCCUUCUCACCCCAAGUGGACAUCAUCGUGCAGAUGUGGCUGUAGUCGAGACAGAGCCUGGUGACCUGCCGGUAGAGGGCGGCCUGCUUGUCGAGCGACGCACGGUUCCAUCGCGGGCAGGGGUCGCCGUAGGGCGAACAAUUGAACUCCAACUCGGUUAUGUGGACUGAACACACGGGAGGAAAGGGGAAUGGGCGUCUGUGUGUGGGCGUGUGUUUCUUGGUUGCUGGCUGAUUGAUGUGAUGUGUCAUCUUACCUUCGAGCCCCAGUUGUCCUAGUCUUUGGAAGUUGUAGGCGAUGCCCUCAAAGGUGCCCGGCUCGUCAAACGCACUCAGGCAGAAAUGCAUCUGGACGGAUACGCACCUUUGCCUUUUGCCGUCUGUCUGUCUGUCUGUCUUUGUGUGUUGGCUGCACUCACUUGUAUGCCGACUCCGUCGAUGGGCACUCCCCUGCUCUUCAUGUCCCGCAGCAAGAGGUACACCGCGUUGCUCUUCUCCCGCAUCCAGCCGUACCUUAACGAAUGCAGACAGACAGACAAACAGACACACACAAGGGGGGCCAUUCCAUUAUGGAUGUGCUGGUAUGGUAUAUUGGCCUGGCCGACGGACAUGCUGGCGAUGUUAUAGUCGUUGUAGAUGAGUUUGGCGGUUGGGUUGACCCGCCUCGCCGUCUUGAAGGCCAGCUCCAGGUAGUCGGGGAUCAGGGGAAACCACUUGUUACCCCGACGCACCCCGUCAAGACUCGCCGUCACACCUCCUGGAAACUCGUCCGCAACCCCUGCAACACAACGACACACACAGAAUCAUCCACAACCAUCUCUGCCCAUCAUAGUCUCUCUUUUUUCACGUCGUACCCUCAUUGAUGACGUCGACGGCGUAUGCGUCUGGGUAUCUCGCCAUGACCUUCUCAAUAUGCCCGACCGUCCAGGCCCGCAGCUUCCUGGGGCUGAAACUGCCCUUGUCGAGCCAGUCGGGCAAAUGGUCCCACCACAGCAGCGUGUGCAGCCGGAAGUACUUGCCGUUCUCCACCGCAUAGCGAUAGACGGCGUCACACUUGUCCCAGACGUAGUGGUCGGGCCCCUGGGGCGUCAGCUCCUUGAUCUUGCACUCGGCCUCGGGCGUCACUGAGGAGAAGUGCCUGACCAACAGCUUCUUGUAAUCGGUGUCAUUGAGCUUCCCUGAGCUGGCCGCCACUCCCAGCAGCACACCAGAGCUGCGGGAGAUGCUCGCGAGCGCAGGAAUGAGCUUGUCGGUGAAGCCGUCACUCCUCCACUCGCUGUCGCUUUUCUCGGGUGUUGCCUUUGCGGCCAUGGCGUCGGUGACGUGAGCGGCUCUCCUCCUCCACUCGAGCAGGCAGACGGCCAGGAGCACAGCGUCAUACAGCUUCAUUGGCUGAUAGGGUGGCGCGCGCUGCCCACACCGCACCGCAGGCACAUCCAAGAGGGCCGUCCGCAGCCCGGCCCGCCUUCCCUCCUCCCGCCUCGGUGCCGCGCCGUCCGCUGACUGACCUGACUCGCCCAACCGGCUGUCGUCGAAAAAGGGCGAAACCAGGCGCAGUUUCCGUGCUGCGGAUGUCAGGACUCCCCGCGGGAGGAGGGGAGGGACAGAGAAGGGAAAAACCG